GAGACUCACUCUGACGAUAUGGGCAGCUCGGAAAGCACACAGAGCCAGAAGGAGGAGCAGAAGAAGGAGGAGCAGAAGGAGACCGGUGUAAGUGUUAGCCGCGAUGGUCGAUUCGUCUUGGAGACGCUAGAAGACAAUGGAUCCAAGUUGGCAACGGCUGCUGCAGUCGUAGCUGCUGGGCUGGCUCUCUGGGGUCUGUGGAGUCUGUGCCGCCGCGACAACGACGCCCCAAACCAGACAAUGAUGAGAGCUCCCGGGCGCAGGGGCGAGUACAUUAUCAGAGACCUCUUUGAGAGCGAUCCCAAAGCUUACUUUGCUGCUCUCAGGAAAGAUGGUUAA